UGGAUUCAUGAUUUCUCUUGUCUGUAGUGACAUAAUAAAACAGUAGAGUCUGAUGUCUCAGGGCACCAUGAGCCCUUUGUGAAGCAGAAGGUUCUGGACAUUUUCAGCGUCCUGAGCUGCAGAAGUUGUUGUCACACCUUUGGAAGGACGUUAUUUUAUUUUAAUCAGGGUCCAUUUUUAACGGCUUAGAAAACUGCUGCUUCAGCCUUACCCUGCACCAACCCAAACAUGUCCUCUCCAACGUGUUGGACACGGACGCUGUGAGCCCAUGCGUUUUGUUUCCGUUCCUGUCUGAACCUCAGUGUGUGUCAGCCUCCUCUCUGCUCUGCUCAUGCUGGUCUUCAGACUCUCUGUGGAGCCUCUGCUGGUUAUCCGUUGGUGCUGACGCUGAGGACGGGAUGAUUCAUGCUGCACCCGGCACUUCAGUCACCACGAGGGGGCGUCAGCGCGCCGCUUCACCUCGACAGCCUGGUGGAGGUGAAGUGUGUGGUUGACUGAACGGAGGCUGUAUUCACUCAUCACCGUUCACAUUUUCCAGGGCAGAUUUUUAUCUCAAGGAGCUCCAUCAGGGGAGAUUUCAUAGCUUAAUAUGGUUUAAAAACAGCUGAACUUGGCGCAGUCUCUUGUAAUGAAUGUAUUUGUGUGGCUCCUGCUGCGUAGACAAACUGAACUACACGUAUGAAUCCACCAUCAACAUGAAAGCCAGGCCUUUGUUUCCAUCAUCUGAGCGGCUAACGAAGGUGACGUACUGUGUGUCACUCUGUGGGGUAAAGGCUCAGCAGGCUUAGUUCAUUUCACUUGGACAGCUCUGGAGCUUCAUAUGGCGCUCUGCUCGGUAAGCCUCUUAGGACUCACGACCACAGCAGAUGCGGAGGAGAAUGCCAAUCAGGAUCUCCCGCUGAGCGGAGAAACCAGACGGCUGUGCCACUGCGCGCUUCAGAUCUGUGCCACGCCUCACGCGAAGCGCACCUCAACGUCGUUUGGCGCUUCACCGUUGACACACAUCAGCAGAAACACGUGGGCUGUGCGGGAGAUGGAGCGCCGACAACUCUGAACAGCCAAAACCACUCGUUCGCUGGCGGAAGGCAGGGCCAUGCUCCCUCAGGACGUCGGGAAGCAGAAGCCCCGCCGCGUGUCGGAGCCGGUGUGCGGCGGAGACGCUCCUCCGGUCCCGCCUCGGCGAUGGAAGAACCGGGACCUCCCCCUGAGCGUGAAGCGCCGGCGGUCCGGCUCCGCGCCUGAGCGCAAGGUGAACUGCGUCCUGGUUGGAGACGGAGCGGUGGGCAAGACCAGCCUCAUCGUCAGCUACACCACCAACGGAUACCCGACAGAAUACGUCCCGACAGCGUUUGACAACUUUACAGUGAUGGUUGUGGUUGACGGAAAGCCGGUGAGACUGCAGCUGUGUGACAUGGCAGGACAGAAAUGGGGGCUGGUUGGUGGAUCAAUCAACGACGAGCUGGAGCGUCUUCGGCCUCUCUGCUACAAGAACGCCGACGUCUUCCUCCUCUGCUACAGCGUGGUCCGCCCCUGCUCUUUCCGCAACCUGAUCACAAGGUGGGUUCCCGAGAUCCAGCAGCACUGCCCGGGCACGCCCCUGGUCCUCGUUGGCACCCAGCUGGACCUGAGGGAGGACGUCCAGGUGCUGAUUCACCUGGCAAAGAACCAGGAGCAGCCGGUGGGCACCGAGGAGGGCAGGCAGCUCGCCCAGGAGCUCGGGGCAGUGAGCUUUGCCGAGUGCUCGGCGCUGACCCAGAAGAAUCUGAAGGACGCUUUUGAUUCAGCCAUCCUGGCCAGCAUCCAGCACACUGACAGUUGUAGCGUCCAGCAGCAAAGGUUGACUCUGAGGAAGAAGACGCCAGAUAAAAUCAAGAGCCUCUCCGAGACGUGGUGGAAGAAGAUCAACUGUCUGAUGGGAGAGCAGAGCUGUGACUUCAAGUGAACAUCGAAACCUACCUGGGUCUGAUCAUUGUCUGUGCAGGUGCCAGAUGGGUGGGGCUUGUCAACUCACAGGUAAACACGGGCUGUCAGUUCAAAUACCCUGACUGAGAAGAAAAGUCUGGGCGGGAAGUUACACUAAACGAUUAGUUUACUCAUAACAAAGCUGCUCUCUUGUGGUUACGUUGUGGUUACAAAGUGGGAGUGUAGCUCAAACAGGGAGGUUUCAGUGCUGUUGAGUUUUGGAGGUGUAGCACUGGAAGACGUUUGAGCCUAAAAGUCAGGAUUUCAGCCUGGACUUCUGCUGCUUCAGUGUCUAAAGGUGGUCAGAUAUUCACAGCUAAAAGGCUGAUGCUUUUGAAUUACAGAAACUGAACACACUUUCUGUGUCAUCAGCCCAUCCUGCAUGCUGUCUGUUGAAAUAUUUGGCACAUGAAAUGAACUUUGUGCCACUGAAUUGUUCUUCUCUACUGUAACCUCCAUCUUGAUGAGGACUGCAUGUUCGAAAAGGAAACCUAAUGUGGGUCUCCGUGUUUGCUACCCAAAGUGAAAUUUGUCCCAGUGUGAGUUAACUCCACCCAUCUGAGGCUCUCAGGAGGCUAAAACAAGCCUCACAAACGUGAUCAGACCCGGGCUUGGUUUGAUUCAAGGAGUGUGACUGUGGCACAGGCUGAGUGUGUGUUGUUGGUCACCUUACGCCCCGACAUUUCCAGUACUGUGUUUGAUUCCUAGUUUGUUAUUUUCACCACUGAUUGUGAAUUAUGCUUACAAAUCUUAAUUAAAGUUAAAAUUU